AUGGGCAAGGAUAAGAAGAAGGAGAAAAAGAAGGAUAAAAAGAAGGAUAAGAGUCAUAGAAAGGACAAAAGAAGAAAACACUCAUCUAGUUCAUCUUAUUCUGAUUCCUCAUCUAGUUCGGAGAGAGAGAAGAAUUGGGGGGGGCGGGGGAGAUAAUCUCGUUCAAGUUCAUUAGAGAGGGAGAAGGAGAAAGAGAAAUGA